AUGAGGAACACCAGCAAGGAGGUGCCAGGCGCCUCCAACCGCUACGCUACCUGCGACUGGUAUUACCACCUACCUGCAAAGCGCUCUGAGAAGGCUGUGGGUGCCCCACCUGCAUCCCAGAUCCCAGGGCUCAGUGACGUGGGAGACUCCCCAAAUGAAAACAUGCCCCGUGCUCGGAGAUACUGGAUAAAAGAAACAGACUCAGAGUAUGUGAAGCUGGCUAAGCAAGGCGGCAGACCUGAUUUGCUGAAGCACUUUGUCCCUGGAACCAGGAAGGGCUCCCCAGUAGCCUACUCCCUGCCAGACUGGUAUAUCCACCACAGCAAGCCUCCGACAGCUCACCAUCGAGAAGUCCCCGUGGUGUCCAUGCCAGAUUACAUGGUGUAUGAAGAAUUCAACUCUGAUCAGGCCAAUGGUAGUUAUGAGUCCAGACGAGGCCCCUUUGACUUUGAUAUGAAAACAGUUUGGCAAAGAGAGGCCGAGGAACUUGAAAUUGAGAAAAGAAAGGUGAAACUGCCAGCCAUUAACUCCAAGAAUCCUAGCAAAGUGGGGACCCCAGUUAGCCACAAAGACUCUGAACGAAGCAAGCUGUCAUUGCCUCCUAUGCCUGGUCAAAAAAGCAGUUCACCAACAAACUUUUCCAAACUUAUCAGCAACGGCUAUAAGGAUGAAUGGUUCCAGCAGCAGCAAGCAGAUGCUGACAAGAGAACUCCAAAGACAUCCAGGGCAUCCUUGUCCAACCAGUCCACAAAGGACUCAGAAAAUACCCAGGACACAGAGACAGCCCAAGAUCCAGAGGCCCCUGAAGUCUCUGAGAAAACUCCAGAUGAGGAAGGAUCCCCAUCAGAAUCAACGCCUGCUGAGCUCAAAUAA